AACCCUGUUGUCUAUAUGACAACAAUCACUGGUCCACACUCAAUUGUUUACAGGUUGGCAUCAUAAAGCUAGAAUAUUGUGCGGCGUUUAACAACAAACAAACCAAACGCUGUUGAUCGCGUGUCUUGAAUGGAGGUUUAGGAUCUUACCUUGGCCCAUGUGUAUAAACAAGAACACCUUCAUUCUACAGAUGGGGGUCACUGGAAGAAGUGACAGUCUCGGAUUAUACAUCCUCCUUGGUACCCUUUUACCUCAGUUGUCCCAAGGUGCAGCAGAGCUUGUGUGUCCAGAGAUAGGAUUCUUGGACUCGCCAGCAAACCUGAGCUGCAUUGGCACAGGAAGCACACACUCCUACAUCCAGCCAUCAGGGGGCGUUGUGACCACAUGUGACAUGACCAUUGCUUACUGUCUACCUGAGGCGAUGGUGACUAUACCGAACUCUUCCUACAGUGUCCUCACACUACCAAGGGUAAACCAGUCACACGCAGGACACUGGGCUUGCGUCAUUGGGAUUUCUGUGUCACGUUGUCUCAUGACUGUAGCAAAACUCCCAUCAUGUGACAUAUUGAGUAACCGGUCUGCAGAAGAAGUGACAGUACGUGUACAAGACUACCAUUGUUCUGACUCCAUUGAGCUGUAUUUAAAGACUGGCAACUUUACAGGAAGACUGUUGAAUACAUCACGUAUUAAAACCACUGUUGGCACGGAUGAGAUCACAGUCAAUGUAACAACAUCCCUUGUAGAGCCAAAGACAUUGGUCUUUGUCUGUGGCAAUACGAGUUGGGAAAUUGCUUGUCAAGAACCCCCGUCAUGUGACAUUUUGAGCAGCCGGGCUGCAGAGAAAGUGACAGUACGUGUACAAGACUACCAUUGUUCUGACUCCAUUGAGCUGUAUUUGAAGACUGGAAACGUUACAGGAAGACUGUUGAAUACAUCACGUAUAAAUACCAAUGGUGGCAUGGUUGAGAUCACAGUCAAUGUAACAACAUCCCUUGUAGAGACAAAGACAUUGGUCUUUGUCUGUGGCAAGACGAGUUGGGAAAUUGCUUGUCAAGAACCCCCGUCAUGUGACAUAUUGAGCAGCCGGGCUGCAGAGAAAGUGACAGUACGUGUACAAGACUACCAUUGUUCUGACUCCAUUGAGCUGUAUUUGAAGACUGGAAACGUUACAGGAAGACUGUUGAAUACAUCACGUACUAAUACUACUGUUGGCAUGUUUGAGAUUACAGUCAAUGUAACAGCAUCCCUUGUAGGGACAAAGACAUUGGUCUUUGUCUGUGGCAAUACGAGUUGGGAAAUUGCUUGUCAAGAACCCCCGUCAUGUGACAUAUUGAGCAGCCGGGCUGCAGAGAAAGUGACAGUACGUGUACAAGACUACCAUUGUUCUGACUCCAUUGAGCUGUAUUUGAAGACUGGAAACGUUACAGGAAGACUGUUGAAUACAUCACGUACUAAUACUACUGUUGGCAUGUUUGAGAUUACAGUCAAUGUAACAGCAUCCCUUGUAGGGACAAAGACAUUGGUCUUUGUCUGUGGCAAUACGAGUUGGGAAAUUGCUUGUCAAGUGAAGGCGGCGAAAGAAAGUAAUGGAAGCAAUAGCUCUGUUGUCAUCAUAGGGGCUGUCGUUGCCGGAAGCGUGUUUGCCAUCAUCAUCGUCAUUCUGGUACUGAUGCUGGUAAAGAUGAAGCAAUCACAACAGCCAGAAACACAAAGUGAUAGAAAUGUGUACGAUUCUCCUAAUGACGUUGAUGGACGAACGGAUGAAACAGCAGGACAUGAAUACACCACUUUGUACCGAGCUCCCUUUGAGGGAGGCAGUAUCUAUAAUGUCAUAUCCAGUUAAGUACACUGUGUAAAUAUACACGUAUCCAAACACCAUGACGGUAUUAUGCUGGUGCCUCAAACAUCAAAGGGACAAUGGAGUUUCGGUAACCAUAUCUCCUUGCUGCUCCCAUCCAACGAUUUUGAUAUUGACUUGUCACUAUACAGAGAGCUUCGGAUAGUCUCGCCGUGUUUUCCUCAUAGAUUUGCGAAUUUAACGCUUUUCCCUUCUGCACAUAAUUAUCUUCCAAACCAACGGGUUGUUAUUUGUACGUUUAGUUUCCAGUGUUUCUACAACAUGUAUAAGUUUGUGUAAAUUAAAUCUAACUUGUGUCGUUCA